UCAAAUUAUCAAAGUUGUCCCAGCGGGCCGCAUAAUACCACUUUAUCGUGAUAACCUUUACUUGUACGUUUACUGCUUAAUUGUUUUACAUGUGUCAUCGGUUUGCUUUACUGGAGUGCUUGAAAGAGCCCAGUAAUCGUCCCACAUGUUUUAUAUCUCUUAAAAGACAUUUACAUUCAGUUGUAGCGCAAUGGUCUUUUUCAAAUCCUAGUUAGCUAACUUCCGCUUGAUAUCGCCUCUACCUAACGUUAGCAAUUAGGAGCACCAGCAGAAGCAGAAACUCUGAGACACAAGCAUGAACUGCCCCCCUACGAAGCGCCUCAGAGGCCUGAACCAGGAAGUUGUGACAACGGUGGCCUUUAAUGACCCUUUUGGGGAUGAUGAAGAAUUCACGCAGGAUGACUUGGAUGAAAUAGACAUUAUUGCCUCACAGGCCAUCACUUCUGCACCAGGAGGGGCAGGGGUGGGGUCCAAACCGGGAGCCCAUCUAUGUGAAGCAGCCCCUGGGUCCAGCUGGUCAUCCUCCACAGGGCAGAGUAAACCGGGCAAAGUUACAGCCGGUCAGAUCAGAGAGAGCACAUUUGGGCUCAACAGGGGACAUGCCGGGAAACCCUGCAGAGAGCCUCUUGGUGAAAAGAAGCAGCAGUUUGAGCCGGACAGAGAGGACUCCUACAGACACCUGCAGGCACAGCAUGCAGAGCUGAGGAAAAAGCUGAAAGAGGUGGAGGAGGAGAUUCUGUUGAAGAGUGGGGAGAUCCGGGUCCUGAGGGACACUCUGAAAACAGCCCAGCAGGAGAAGGACGCCCAAAGGCAGGCCCAGAUGAUGGUGGAGGCUCAGAAGCAGAAGGAGCAGAGCGACAGGGAGAAGGAGCUCAACAGAAAGGUUCAGUCUCUGCAGUCUGAGCUGCAGUUUAAAGAAGCUGAAAUCAACCAGAUGAAGACCAAACUUCACAGCUCAGACAAAAACAAGACGGCUUCUCCUCUGCCCAGAAACAGUCCUAAAGUUCUGAACAGUGGCUGCUCCUCCUCACCAACUGGAAAUGGUUUCAUGUCCAAGGAGGCUUUUGGGGCUCAGAUAUCAUCCAGAACUACGCCAGUGAAAACACCCUCGAAGACUCGGCAGGACGACAGAGGAGCGUCCAGUAGCAGACAGGAGCCUCCUCGACCAGACCCCUUCCUGUCGGUCAGACCUGCUCUCCGGCUGCACAGAGGCGGCGUCCUGCUCGGCCUGCUGCUGCAGCAGCCUCUGUCCCCGGGCGGCCUCGGCCUCUCCCACCUGCUGUCCAUACGCUUGACCGACUCCAGUCAGCAGUCGGCGGGCGGUCAGCUCCAGGCCGACCUGCUGGCCGCCGCCAGCAUCGACGGACGCGGAGGCCCCAGACACGCCUCCAGCCUGGUCCAGAGUCUGGCCGUGACCGGGCUCAACAUGCUGAGUCAGAGCCAGCCGGCACCGGCAGCCAGGAGCAGAAAAAACAGGUCGUGUCCAGGAGCCGUCCUCCUCCUCCCCCUGCUGGACCUCCACCUGUCGCAGCUGUGCCGGGCCCUGGACUCGCUCUGCCCCCCCUCCGCCGGCGGCGGCGGGCCGGAAUCCAGAGGGAGCGGCCCGGCCCCGGCUGGCUCCGCCCCCCCCGGCUCGGGGGAACCGGAGGAGCCCGGCGCGUUGGGCUUCAGCCCGGAGGACACGGGUCUGGCCGCUCUGAGGAUCCUGCUGCUGCUGCUGGCCCACAGCGACGAGGUGGUGGAGGCUGUGCUGCUGAAGCAGAAUCACAGUCCAGACAACAAGAACGCCCUGCUGCCCUCUCUGCUGCUCCUGUGUGACGUCCGGCUGGUGGGCGGCAGCGCGCAGAGGGAGGAGCUGGUCCACAGGGCGCUGGAGACUCUGUGCGUCCUGAUCGAGAAGACGCCGCCCACGCUCUCUGACAGGUUGCAGAGCGUGUUGCCGGUGGUGUGUGCGUGCGUGUCGGCAGGCAGCCGGCCAACGACCAUUUCAGCGUGCGUCUCUGUCCUCACCUCCAUGUCCGACCACCGGACGCUGGCGGUGGUUCGUCUGUUGAACAGACUGACCCAGAGGGCAGAGAGCUGGACGGCCAGCGUGCAGGUCGCCUGUCCCUGUUAUACUGAGAUGGUUCAGAUAGCGGUGAUCAUUUUCCACCGUCAGUGGCUGGAGCUGCGUGGCUCCCAGGAGCCGGCGGGCCCCCGGCAGAGCUCCGCCCCCUGCUGGCCGUUGCCGGGCGGCCCCAAGCCGGCGCUGCUCCGGGAGUGCCUGCUGCUGCUGCACUGGCUGCUGCUGCACCACGCCAGCUUCUCUGAGAGCUGCCGGCCGCUGCUGCACAUGUACGACCAGGUGAUCCCCGCCGUACGGGACACGCUGCGGAGGAUCCCCCGGCUGAGCGAGAGCGAGGAGUUGGCCUUGGAGGAGAUCUGCCGCUCUGAGGGCGACGAGGCCGAGGACAUGGACACUGACGCUGGCCCCUGAUUGGCCGUCUCUGAGACCAGAUGUAACGGUUAAAAAAAAAAAAGAAACUCCACAACAAUUUACAAACUGCUGAUCAGAUGCUUCUGCAACGACGACAAGACAAAGACUGAAAUGUCUGCGGCAAAAAGGUCUGACAGAUGUGGUGGAGGCUGACACCAGAAUCAUCAUCCUACUGGAUUUUCACUGUAAAAAAAAAAAAAGCUGUCAGGA